AUGAUCCAGGCUCCCUGGCUUCGCCAUAAGCACACAGCGAAGAAAGGAACCCCCGGCUUCAAAGAAAAGCUGUUUUCUUUCGCCACAGGCUCAAAUACUAGGAGUCGCGAGAGACUGAUCAGCACGAAGCCUGGAGAAAGAGGUGCUGGGGAGACUGAAACGGAAAUAGACGAACCACCCCGACAUCUUCCCACAUCCCGAAAAACUCCUCUCCGUAGACCUCUUGUUCCUCCUAACCUCCUUCAACAACGCCUAACCCCUCUGCUUUUCGAAUUUUCUCAACUUUUAUCUGUUGUUCCCGCUUUUUUUGGGAUUUUAUUUAACAUUUAUCACAUCUACCAUCCACCUAAUUCUACUGUAUUGAUUGACGGGAGACGACCACCGGAACGUAUCGAUUAUAUUAUAUCUGCUAUCUGGGCCCUUUUGACUGGUUAUCAAUGCCUUUGUCUCACCACCGGCUUACUGGUUCGAUGGCGCGUGUAUUAUCCUCCUCUGGCGACUCUGAUCCGCCUCAUAUCUUUACAAGCAAUUUGUUGGCCCGCGACUCAUUUCACACUCUCCUUACUCGAGCAUGAAAAACGGCCUGUGAUUGUCUGGGCUGUUAUCGGUACUACAACAUGCGCCAGCCGAAGCGUGCAAAUCUGGGUUACGAGUAACCUCUGGUGGGAGUAUCCCAGUGGUGGUCCUGGCGGACCCGCAAGCGCGAAUGGUAAUGGUAACAGUAAUGGGGGUAUACGCGGUUUAAGUGAGAAUGAAAUUGAUUGGCAGAGGUGGAAAGGCGGCAAGUGGGGAGGAAGGAGAUGGGAUUGGAGCGACGUGGUGAAGAAAUGUAUGUUGCCGGCGGGCGUGGUGUACUGUAUCAUGGCUUGGGCAGAACAAUUGAGAAGAGAGUGGUCAGGCUGCUAG